AUGGACCACGCUUCGCGCAGAGGCAUCUCAAGGGAGGUGGUGACGCUCUCGGUGGCAGGUGCAUAUGCACUCUUACACUUGUCCACUUCCACCGCGUAUGUCACGCAACCUCAGCCGAAGGAUCUGACCCAGCUUGCAAACCUGAGAGUUUCCGCCGCGCAGACCAGGCACUUGAGUGGAGAAUCAAAGAAUUUCAGAUCAGGUGUUGGCGCUGCCAUUGCCGGUGGAGGGGCUCUGACUCUGCUUCUCAGGCAUGGUCGCCGCAAAGUGUCCGAACCGCACCGUUGCAGUGUCGUUCGGCUGGCUGCCGCAGAAACCUCUGAGAAGGACUCUUCUCAGAACCAUCAAAUUCCGAACAUUCCAGUGCCAGUGGUUGCAGGUGCUUUGGCAACGCUGGCAGCAUUUGCAUCAGAUCCUGCUAUGGCACAAGAGGUUGUCGGUGCUGUAGCAGAAGCAGCAGCUGAUGUUGCUGACGAUGCUGAGGAGGUGGUCGGCGAGGUUGCACAGAGCAGCGGAGACUGGUUUGAGCCACUGAUCCAAUUCAAUGCUGGAAUCAUUGCAGGAAUAGAUGGUGUCAUUGAGGAUCAGUUGCACAUCCCAAACAGCUUUGGAUUUGCCAUUAUUGGCUACACCCUCCUGAUCAAGGUGCUGACCUAUCCUUUGAAUCAAUCAGCUCUUCGAUCUGGUGCAAUCAUGCAGCUCAUUAAGCCUAAAGUUGAUCAGAUUCAGCGAAAAUACAAAAAUGACCAGGAGACCCAAAAUCGGAUGAUGCUGCGACUGUACGAUGACUGUGGUGUGAAUCCUUUGGGAGGGUGCAUUCCUUCUCUGCUGCAGUUUCCCAUUUAUAUUGGGCUUUACCGCUCAAUCCAGAAGCUGUCGCAGAUAAAUCCGAAGUUCCAGGAACCAUUCCUGUGGAUUCCCAGCCUAGCUGGCCCUACAGCUGGCAAUCCCAACCUGGACUGGCUUGUCAAGUCACAGUCAGCUGAUGAAUUUAUCCCCCUCAUUGGAUGGACUGAUGCAGCAAGAUAUUGUGUACUCCCCGUCCUUCUCAUUGGCAGCCAAAUUGUCACACAGAAAGUGAGCCAGCCCGAGGUUGGAAAUCAGGGUGGGCCAGCUGCAAUUGUGCAAAAUGUCAUCCCGCUGGUGAUCGGAUACACAGGCCUUGUCAGUCCUGCAGGUCUCGGAGUCUACUGGUUGUGCAACAAUCUUUUGACGCAAGCGCAGACCUAUGUCAUUCGAAGUCAGCUUGGCGAGGAGUUCCCAGAAUACAAAAAAGUCCUCGACGGCACGUACGAACAAGAGGCGGAGGAGGAAAGGAAAAGGAAAGAGCAGGUCUGGCUUGACACGACAAUUCAAGUCUCAAGUAUUUUUAAGAGCAAAGCACAUGUCAUUGACAGCACUAGCAGUCACUCCUCGCGCCACCAGUAUCCGAGCUUUUGCAGUUGCCUUGAGGAAAAGCAAGAGGAAGAGCUUUCGGCGCCUGGCAGAGGCUUUGGGCAGAGCCUAGUUUGCGGCUCAGACCAUUUGAGAAGUCAAGUAGCAGCUAUAUGUGGCAUAACUUUUUGUUCCAUGAGACACUGGAAAAAAGUUCACUGA